AUGGAAUUGGUUUGGUGCCGCAUCUGCCUGCAAGGGUUGCCAAAGGGCUACCCGAGCCCGAUUGCACCGGAGAUUCUCACUCUCAGGCUACGAUCCUUGGUUGAUUGCGUUAUUACACGGCGGCAAAAGUCCCGAAUUGACAGCUCGGAUGACGCGGGCCAGAUUGGUGGAGAUUGGUACCUGGCUUACACGCGUCUAGCAAGGAUUGCGAGGAGGACCACGUUGAUACGAUCGUCCCCCACCUUCCGGAACCACGUCUAUCUGUAUGCACCUCGACGGGCCGAGGACAGGGGCUACACGGCGCUAAAAGCCAAGCUGAGGCAGCUGGAAUCCUUCCACGUUGAAUCAGUCCAGAGUGGCGUCGACUGA